CUUUGGUUGCGUUUGUGUUACUAGUACCCUCCUGAGCAAGUGCUUCUCAUGGCUUUGAUGAAGCACUUGCGCCAUGGGGUGUCCUUCACCCGCUGUGUGACAACAGCUUCAGCCGCGCCUAAGCCCGGCUUCGUGUUCUCUCCCGAGAACUUCCGGCGUCCUGACCUGCCCAAAGGCCUGCAGGUCCGCGACCUGGUGCCGGAGGUGGCCAGCGAUGCGUCCUUAGCCGGGCUCGGAAGGUUGGUGCACUCACCUGAGGACUUCACUGUGAAGGGGAAGACCUUCGAGAUCGUCCGCUGGCCUCAGCCGGGCUGGCGGCCGUUGGACCCGGGCACUGGCGACGAGGCAGGCACCACAGAGGGAGAUUUCGAGGUGCAGUGGCAGGGGGACUUCUUCUACGGGCACAACCUGGCCAUUGCUAGCGAGAACAACCAAUACCUGGACGGCCUGGGAAAGGUGCCAGAAGAGGCUGCACUGGAGAAAGAAGCAGACGCAGGAUCCAUCUACCUGUGGAUGAGCGACUACCACCCUGAUGGUGGGCAGCUCUUCUGGCCCAGACAGCCCAUACCCUUCACAGUGUGCCUGGGGCCCGCGGCCAAGGGGGACGACAUUAAACCGGAGGACAUGCGUGCAUUCCACGUGCCGGCUGGGAAGGGCGUCUACAUCCAUCCCGGCACUUGGCACAACGGCAUCUAUGUGGCGCCACGUCACACCAUGGGUGCAGCGGCGCGGUUUCUGACCCGCCAGGGGAAGGUCCACGCCAGGAUCUCAGUGAGCUGGGCCGCGGAAUUCCAGACGCUUCUGCGGCUGCCUUUGGUGUAG